CCAGGCAGAGGGCUGUGGGUUAUUUGGCUGCAGAGGAUUCUGGGUAACAUACCCCCCUGGGCAGAGGGUUGUGGGUAAUUUGGCUGCAGAGCAGAGGAUUCUGGGUAACGCACCCCCCCGGGCAGAGGGCUGUGGGUUAUUUGGCUGCAGAGGAUUCUGGGUAACAUACCCCCCGGGCAGAGGGUUGUGGGUAACCUGGCAGCAGAAGCAGGAUUCUGAGUAAAUGAGCAGAGGCUUCUGGGUAAGAAUCACUUUUCUCCAUCUCCACAUUUGUAACUGAGAUUUCAGCACUGGGUUAUAAACCCCUUUCAGUGUCCAAAGGUAGGGUUGAGCCUGGCAGGUCUGUGGCCUGUUGCGGAAGGGUAGGGGAGCUGAUGUGUAAUGAGCAGUUUGUCGUUGGUUCUCAGCAGGCAGGUGGCCAUGUUCUAGUUACCCUGUAUCCUCGCUGCCCGCCUCAGCGGAGGGACCAAGUACUGACGAGGCCUGGGAACCAAAUGGACCUUUGCAGAAGGGGCUUGUGUGUGGCUGGAGCAGCAUUGCCAGCUGCUUGUGCUCCAGUAAGGGGAAUCAGGUCACAUGCUUCAGGAUCUGAUCCACUCCCUCUCCAGAGUCAGGAAGCAAUCGCUACCCACCUCUGCUGUCCAGCCUUGCCCAGCUGAAUCCCACUCCCCUGCUGCAGUAACUAGGCUGCUCUCAGUUAGAUGCAGCGACUCUUUAUUGUUACAAGGUCUGCCAACGUCUAACCAAGGUCCUCUGGUGUCUGUCAAAGAGCCAGAUUCAGUAUUGUGCUAUGGCCCACUGGUACAAAGGCAUCUUGGCGAUACCCCUGGCACAGACAGCACCUGUGCCCGGCACAAACCAACCUUGGCACUAUCUCUGCAGCAGGCUGGGUCCAGGGGCCGCUGUGGAGUGGAUUUAGGCCAGAGGAGGCAGGGGACGUGGUGGGGAGGAGUUGUCAUGGCUGGGGUGGAAUGGGCCCAACAGGAGUGCAGGUUACCCUUGAUUGUGCCAAGGGCCUAGCUGCCUCUCCUCCACCUCAGUGCAGAGCUGAAUACACCUUUCCCAGAGCACUCUGGGCCCUUAAUGACAGAAGGGCAAAGAACCCCUCGCUAAAGGACUUGUCAUCAUCUAUCACUCAUAGAUUUCAUAUUAGAGGGGAAUUCUGCGCUACUGCACAUGCGCAGAAUUUAUGCCCCCCGCAGAUUUCUUUGCUUCCCUGCAGAAAAAUGAUGAGGAAGCAAAGGGAAGCCACAAAAGCAGUCAUGCGACCCUCCCCAGCAGUAUGUUUUGGGUGCCCAGGGCAGCCGGCAGAGAGGGAGACAUCCAGUUUCACCAUGAAUUUUGAAGGUCUCGACCCUGCCCUUGCGGAGUAUGCACCUGCUCUCCACCCAGCCCUGGAUCCAGUCUUGGACCCUCACCUCAACCCCGCCCUGCUGCAGAAUGUGGAGCUGGAUCCGGAGGGGGUGCCAUUGGAGGGCAUCCCGGUGCCGGAGUCGGUGCACAUCAUGGAGGGCAUGUACUCGGAGCUGCACACCGUGGUCUCCGAGGUGGGGGUACCCGUCUCCGUCUCCCAUUUCGAUCUGCACGAAGAGAUGCUCUGGGUGGGGAAUCAUGGGGGUCACGCCACCUCGUUCUUCGGCCCGGCCCUGGAGCGCUAUUCCUCCUUCCAGGUGAGCAGCAGCGAUGACAUCCGUCAGAUCCAGAGCCUGGAGAACGGUGUCCUCUUCCUGACCAAGACGAACCUCAAGUAUAUGUCCCGGGGGGGCCUGACCAUCUUCGACUACCUCAUGGACGAGAGCGAGGAUGUGCACAGCCUGCUGCUGACAAACAGCAGCACCCUGCUGAUCGGGGGGCUGCAGAACCACGUGAUCGAGAUCGACCUCAACACUGUCCAGGAGACCCAGAAGUACACUGUGGAGGUGCCCGGCGUCACCAUCCUGAGGCAGUCCAACCGCUUCUUCUUCUGCGGACACACAACGGGGAAGGUGUCCCUGCGGGACCUGCGCACCUUCGCGGCGGAACAUGAGUUCGACGCCUACUCGGGCAGCCUGUCGGAUUUCGACGUCCACGGCAACCUGCUGGUGACAUGCGGCUUCUCCAGUCGCAUGAACGGCCUGGCCUGCGACCGCUUCCUGAAGGUGUAUGACCUGCGCAUGAUGCGGGCCAUCACCCCGCUGCAGGUCCACGUGGACCCCCUCUUCCUCAGGUUCAUCCCCACCUACACCUCCCGGCUGGCCAUCAUCUCCCAGACAGGUCAGUGCCAGUUCUGUGAGCCCACAGGCCUUGCCAACCCCGCUGACAUCUUCCACGUCAACACGGUGGGGCAGCUGAUCAUGACCUUUGAUGUGUCGGCCAGCAAGCAGGCCAUGGUGUUUGGCGACUCGGAGGGCUGCGUCCACCUCUGGGCCGAUUCGCCCGAGGUCACCUUCAACGCCUACUCCCGGGAGACUGACUUUGCCCUGCCCUGUAUGGUAGACACCCUGCCUCACCUGGACUGGAACCAGGACCUCAUGCCCCUUUCUCUGAUCCCCGUGCCACUGACCAGUGAAACACUGCUGUCAGACUGGCCUGCUGCCAACUCUGCCCCUGCGCCCAGGCGGGCCCCACCUGUAGACCCCGAGAUCCUGCGCACCAUGAAGAAAGUGGGCUUCAUCGGCUAUGCGCCAAACCCAAGGACCAAGCUCCGGAACCAGAUCCCGUAUCGGCUGAAAGAGCUGGACAACGAGUUUGACAGUUUCAGCCAGGUCCCUGAAUCCCCAAUUGGCCGGGAAGAGGAACCUCACCUGUACAUGGUGGCAAAGAAAUACAGGAAGGUCACAAUCAAAUACUCCAAGCUGGGCCUGGAGGACUUCGACUUCAAGCAUUACAACAAGACCCUGUUUGCUGGCCUGGAGCCCCACAUCCCCAACGCCUACUGCAACUGCAUGAUCCAGGUCCUGUAUUUCCUGGAGCCCGUCCGCUGCCUGGUCCAGAACCACCUGUGCCAGAAGGAGUUCUGCCUGGGCUGUGAACUGGGCUUUCUCUUCCACAUGCUGGACUUGUCCCGGGGGGACCCGUGCCAGGGAAGCAACUUCCUGCGUGCCUUCCGCACCAUCCCAGAGGCGUCCGCCUUGGGCCUGAUCCUGGCCGACUCCGAUGAGGCCACGGGCAAAGUGAACCUGGGCCGGUUGAUCCAGAGUUGGAACCGCUUCAUCCUGACGCAGCUUCACCAGGAGACCCAGGAGCAGGAGGCACCGCAGGCCUAUCGGGGUGUCGGCAGCAGCAGCUUUGGGUCGUCGGGGGACUCGGUGAUCGGGCAGCUCUGCAGCUGCGAGGUGGAGAACUCCAGCAUGUGCCGCUGUGGGAAGGAGACGGUGCGAGUCUCCUCCACGCUGCUCUUCACGCUUUCCUACCCCGAGAGCAACGAUAAAACCAAAGAUUAUGAGUUUGCCCAGAUCUUAAAGAGGAGCAUCUGUCUGGAGCAGAACACCCAGGCCUGGUGCGAGAACUGUGAGAAGUACCAGCCCACGGUCCAAACACGGAACAUCCGCUGCUUGCCCGAUGUCUUAGUCAUUAACUGCGAAGUGAACAGCUCCAAGGAGGCCGAUUUCUGGAAGACACAGGCGGAGUAUGCCUUUAAAAAAACAGUGAUGAGGAAAGGAGGCCUCGAAAUCCCCAAGAGCAAAGAGAUCUCUCUUGGAGAAUGGAAGGACCUGGGGAACGCCGAGGCGGGGCACUCGUACACCUCCAUCGAAGAGCUGAAGAACAUCUGGAUUCCCCAUUCCAUCCGGAUGAAACUGACCAAGAACAAGGAGCUGGAUGUCUGCAACUGGAACGAAAGCAAUGAGCUCAGCUCAUCCGAUGACCAGGACUCAACCUACACGUACGACCUGAUGGCCACCGUUGUCCACAUUCUGGACUCCCGCACCGGGGGCAGCCUGGUGGGGCACAUCAAAGUAGGGGAGACGUAUCACCAAAGGAAAGAGGGGGUCACACACCAGCAGUGGUAUCUCUUCAACGACUUCCUCAUCGAGCCGGUGGACAAGUGUGAGGCGGUGCAGUUUGACAUGAGCUGGAAGGUGCCUGCCAUCCUGUACUACGCGCGAAGGAACCUCCACGCCAAGUACAACCUGACCAUCAAGAACCCGAUCGAGGCUAGCGUGCUGCUGGCCGAGGCGUCCCUGGCUCGCAAGCAACGCAAGUGCCAUGCCACCUUCAUCCCGCUCAUGCUGAAUGAGAUGCCCCAGGUGGGCGACCUGGUGGGGCUGGACGCCGAGUUCGUCACGCUUAACGAGGAAGAGGCAGAGCUGCGCAGUGACGGCACCAAAUCCACCAUCAAGCCCAGCCAGAUGUCCGUGGCUAGGAUCACGUGCGUGCGAGGCCAGGGCCCCAAUGAGGGCAUUCCCUUCAUCGAUGACUACAUCUCCACCCAGGAGCAGGUGGUGGAUUACCUGACCCAGUACUCAGGAAUCAAGCCGGGCGACCUGGAUGCCAAGAUCUCCUCCAAGCACCUCACCACACUUAAGUCCACCUACCUGAAGCUGCGGUUCCUCAUCGAUGUCGGGGUGAAAUUCGUGGGCCAUGGGCUGCAGAAGGACUUCCGGGUCAUCAACCUCAUGGUGCCCAAGGACCAGGUGAUUGACACCGUGUAUCUGUUCCACAUGCCGAGGAAGAGGAUGAUUUCUCUGCGCUUCCUUGCCUGGUACUUCCUGGACCUGAAGAUCCAGGGCGAGACUCACGACAGCAUCGAGGACGCUCGGACGGCCCUGCAGCUCUACAGGAAGUACCUGGAGCUGAGCAAGAACGCCACGGAGCCGGACGACUUCCGCAAGGUGCUCAAGGGCCUCUACGAGAAGGGCCGCAAGAUGGACUGGAAGGUGCCAGAGCAAGACAGCCAGAGCAGCCCCAAAAAUGCUGCGGUGUUCCCGGCCGUGCUAACACUCUGACCUGGUGAGACCCCGCUCUGUCCCGCUGCGCGUUCUCCCAGGAAGGACUCUCCUCCACUCAGCCCCGGGCUCCGACCGCUCUGUGACCGCAGAUCACACAGAAAGACAAAUGUGGAUUUCAAAACAAGGGACGAGGCUGAUUUUCAGCUGGCAGCCAGGCGCUCACCAGGGAGCCUGACCCCAUGCAGGAGCAGGUCUACCUGCUGGCCAGGAUCCCCCUUCACAGACCGUCACUGCUGGGAUGGCUCCAGAGGGCCACAUCUGCCUCCAAAUCUCCAGCCAGCUGCCCCGUCGCCCUUCCAAGCAGGGACAGUUGACGCACCAUCGCACGUGCACACGUCACUUCCACAAGCGCACUCAGGCCCUGCCGUGCCGGGGCGAUCGGCCCAUCUCCCUUGGUGCUGCGGCCAGGCACUAGGCCCCUGGGCUUUUAGGGUGUUUUAUAUAAAAGCUGUGUGAAGCAGGGAGGGGUGGGGAUUGGCAUCCAGAAUUUGCUUUGCUAGAGGGCCCCCCCGAUUGGGCGUGUUGCUGUGUCGUCUCGUUACCAGCCUGUUGCUUUGCUGAGGGGUGGAUUGUUGAGGCAGGCCUGGUUGCCACCUCCUUGAAGACUGGCUGGAUAAACUCCUGGAGCGUUAAUGCCAGCAGGACCGGAGCUGCUCAGCGAGUUCCCUGAGCACCUCCCAGACUGUGACCGGCCCCAGCCCAGUGCCCGCUCCGGUGAUAAUGUCAAGUGGAUGAGCGGCAGGACAAGGAAGCCCUGAACUCGCAUCGUCCCGCCAUCAGCACCAAGAGGCACUGGUGUGUAGGGAUGCCGGGCUGUACAGGGAUGCCAGUCAGAGCAGCAGCGCGGGGAUCUGCUCCAUCCACGCUGGGCUGGCAGGAUCCCACGUCGAUCCCAGCUGGGACUUGGCCCUGGGAUCAGUGGAGUGGCCCCUGCUUCGCCCCAGGGCUGGCUCUGUCCCCUUUGCACCCUCUGGUCUUUUUAACUCCCCCUCCCCUUGUAUUCUGCAAGGUCUGAGGUGCGCUCGGCGAUCUCUGGCAUGUACCGAAUACAUAAAGUGGCCAGCCGGUACCUUCAGCA